GAGGCGCCGCGGCACUUACUGGUUUGCGAGAAAUCCAACUUCGGCAACCACAAGUCGCGCCACCGGCAUCUUGUGCAGACGCACUACUAUAACUACAGGGUUUCAUUUCUCAUUCCUGAAUGUGGGAUACUAUCGGAAGAACUGAAAAAUCUGGUCAUGCAAACUGGACCCUAUUACUUUGUGAAGAAUUUACCUCUUCAUGAAUUAAUUACACCCGAAUUCAUCAGUACCUUUAUAAAGAAAGGUUCUUGCUAUGCACUAACAUACAAUACAAAUAUUGAUGAAGAUAAUACAGUUGCCCUGGUCUUUAUGAUUACUAGUAGAAAUUCACCCAUGAUUGUUUCCAUUGAUUUGAUGGAAUUAUCCUUAAACUUGGAUUCUAAGAAGUAUGAAAGAAUAUCUUGGUCCUUCAAAGAAAAGAAACCAUUGAAAUUUGAUUUUCUUUUGGCUUGGCAUAAUACAGGUUCGGAAGAAUCAACAAUGAUGUCAUAUUUUUCCAAGUACCAAAUUCAGGAGCAUCAGCCAAAAGUAACGCUGAGUACAGUGAGAGAUCUCCAGUGCCCGGUGCUGCAGAGCAGUGAGCUCGACGGAGCACCGGAGGUGUCCUGCCAGGCUCUGGAGCUCUUCGACUGGCUUGGCGCCGUCUUCAGUAAUGUCAGCCUAAAUAAUGAGCCUAAUAAUUUCAUAUCAACCUAUUGCUGUCCUCAGCCAAGCACGGUGGUGGCAAAAGCUUAUUUGUGUACAAUCACUGGCUUCAUACUUCCAGAGAAGAUCUGUCUCCUAUUGGAACAUCUCUGUCACUACUUUGAUGAACUGAAGUUAGCUCCAUGGGUUACAUUGUCCGUUCAAGGCUUUGCAGACAGCCCUGUUUCUUGGGGAAAAAGUGAACAUGGUUUUUGGAAAGGAGGAGAACAUUUAUAUAACUUUGUGAUUUUUAAUAAUCAAGACUAUUGGCUUCAGAUGGCUGUUGGGGCGAAUGAUCACUGUCCACCAUAAAAAUUACAAAAUUAAAAAUCAUGUUUGCCUA